AUGGAUCAUCAGAUUCUGGAAAUCAACCUGAUUUCAGCGCAGGGUCUUAAGGCGCCUCCCUCUAACUUACGCAAGAUGCAAACCUACGCCGUCACCUGGGUCAACCCGGCCUCCAAGCUCAGAACCCGAGUCGACUCGCUCGGCGGCGAAAACCCUACCUGGAACGACAAGUUCCUCUUCCGCGUCUCCGACCAAUUCCUCUCCGGCGACACCUCCGCCGUCUCCGUCCAGAUCUUCGCCGUCGGCUACAUCACCGACGUCCUCAUCGGCACCGUCCGCUUCCUCCUCAGCACGUGCCUCGCGCCGCCGCGAUCUCCAGCCGACAGCCCUACCCGAGCCCCGGCCUUCACCGCCGUCCAGAUCCGCCGUCCCUCCGGCAGAUUCCUCGGCGCACUCAACAUCGCCGCCGCGGUCUACUACUCCGCCGAUUAUCCGAUCCUCGAUAAGGUCUCCGCCGUCAGCUUCCGCGCGUUGACGGAGAAGAAGGCGCGGGAGUCGCGGCGGCUCAGCCGCGGCAAUUCCAGGCUGAGCAAUCAGUCCUCCUGCGGAGAAUCGUGCGAUCUCUCCGAUGCCGACUCCACGGUGUCCUCGUCGGCGUCGUCGCCGGCGCUGAGGGAAUGGAACUCAGUCCGAGAAAUGGCGGGAAAAUUGAAAGGGGCGAAAUCUAACGGUGGAGGAUUGCUGUGCGGGCUGAUGAUGGCGAGGAAGAUCCCAUCCUGUCCGUCAAAUCUUGACACGUGGCGGGGUAAAGAUGACGGGAGUCGGUGA